AUGUGUGCAGACGAGCGACAGAAGUCUAAUUCCUCGACGCCGCCGCUGCAGGAGGCCCUGGCUGAGCAGCCUCUAGAGGCAGACGAUAAUCUUCCCGACGAUGAUUCCGCCUAUGCUGCCUCAGAAAACUCGGGCAGUUAUCAAACCUCAUUGGCGUCGAGCAUCAUAAACUACAAAUACGAGAAUGGACGCCGAUACCAUGCCUUCCGUGCGGGCACCUAUCUACUUCCAAACGAUGACAAAGAGCAAGACCGGAUGGAUCUCGUACACCACCUGUACGGCCUGUUGCUCGGUGGCAAGCUCUUCCUAGCUCCAAUCCCCCAUGAACCCCAUCGUGUCCUCGACCUCGGCACUGGCACUGGUAUCUGGGCCAUGGACUUUGCCGAAGGUGAUUGGGACGGAUCUCAGUCCCAUACAGCCAAAAUGGUAGACCUUCUUCCUGCUUCUGUCCAGCUCCACGUAAUAAUCCACAAAAUCAGGACCCCUCCAAACUGCUUCUUCGAGGUCGACGACUUCGAAGCUGAGUGGCUGUAUACCAAACCCUUCGACUUUAUCCACGCGCGCGAGCUCGAGGGAUGCAUCAGCAACGAUGACGAGCUCUUUCGGCGCACCUUCCGCCACCUCGCACCGGGCGGGUACAUCGAGUUCCAGGCGGCGUACCCGCACUGGCUCUCCGACGACGGCACUGCUGACAAGGCCGAGAACGCCCAGAGCUGGCUCAAGAUCCUGCUGGAAGGCUCGGCCAAGUUCGGGAAGUCUCUCGAGGGUGCUGUGAAUUGGAAGAAUAAGAUAGAGAAGGCAGGAUUUGUGGACGUGCAAGAGGAGGUUCGCAAGAUGCCCAUUGGCGCCUGGCCCAAGGAUCCGAAACUCAAGGAGAUGGGCAGGUAUCAAGCUAUUCAGCAGAUUCAGGCCGUGGAGUCGUACACGCCUAGGGUUUUCUCGACUGUGCUUGGCUGGACGGAGGAGGAGAUCCAGGUAUACGUGGCCAAGGUCAGGAAGGACCUCAAAGACCCGUCGAUUCACCUAUACUUGCCGGUCUACUUCAUCUGGGGGAGGAAGCCCAAGUGA